CUCUCCCGUCUCUCUGUAAACCUUAGAGGAACCCAGCAGACCAGUUUCUGGAGUUUUUCUGAAUCGGUUUUAACUCCCUUUAUCUACAGCUGUCUCAUAUUUAAGAGUCAGACUUUAUGCUCAUAUAUCAGCACAGCGCCCCCUGGAGGUCUGUUUAUCUCAGCUCAGAGUAGUGAAGGCAGGAAUCAAUCAAUCAAUCAGACUUUAUUGAUAAAGCACGGACAGUUCUCAGAUUUGACUUUGUUGUCUGAUGUUCUCAGAGGAGACCGAGUUCUCUCAACGACCUGGACAGAAGCCACUCCUCCAGUUACCAUGGUUACAGCCAGGACCACAGAGAGAUGGAGUUUCUACGGUUACAGGUCCAAGAGCAGCAAAACAUCAUCGAGGAUCUGUCCAAGGUACUCGUGUUGGUAAAAUACUGUGGUACUUUUACUACAGCAGCACUUUAUCACAGAGUGGAACGACAAAUAGAACUUUACUAAUACGAAUACUACUAAUACUAAUACUAAUACUAACACUGUACUAUACUAACAGUAAUACUACUAAUACUAACACUAAUACUAAUACUAACACUGUACUAUACUAACAGUAAUACUACUAAUACUAACACUGAACUAUACUAACAGUAAUACUACUAAUACUAAUACUGAACUAUACUAACAGUAAUACUACUAAUACUAAUACUGAACUAUACUAACAGUAAUACUACUAAUACUAACACUGAACUAUACUAACAGUAAUACUACUAAUACUAAUACUGAACUAUACUAACAGUAGUACUACUAAUACUAAUACUGAACUAUACUAAUACAAAUACUACUAAUACUAACACUGAACUACACUAACAGUAAUACUACUAAUACUAACACUGAACUAUACUAAUACAAAUACUACUAAUACUAACACUGAACUACACUAACAGUAAUACUACUAAUACUAACACUGAACUAUACUAACAGUAGUACUACUAUUACUGUAAUUUCUUGAAGUACCCCGAAUCAUCUUUAUGAAGUCUGAAUAAAACAAACAAAAACUGUUGGAGAGAGAAAAACGUUUUACGAAGAGUGACUCGACAUCGAAGCGGUGACGGGGAAUAAUCGAUCAAUAUCAUAACGAUAAUAAUAAUGAUAAUAAUAUCAUUUUGAUUAUAAUUAAUAAACUAAUUAAUGUUGCACUCAGCAGGCCUUGUCUUCAUCCUCCUAUCGUGAUCUAGAUCUCUCCAACAGCAGCAGCCGAUCGUCAGAGUGUCUGAAUAUUGAUCAGGAAUAAUCAAUGAAUCCAUGUUUGUGUUUCAGGCUCUGGAGACGGCCGGAUACGUCAAAAAUGUGAUUGUAAGUACAACCUUACUGUCUGUACUUGAGUCUGUACUUGUGUCUGUACUUCUGUCUGUACUUCUGUCUGUACUUGUGUCUGUACUUCUGUCUGAACUUGUGUCUGAACUUGUGUCUGUACUUCUGUCUGAACUUGUGUCUGUACUUGUGUCUGUACCUGAGUCUGUACUUCUGUCUGUACUUGUGUCUGAACUUGUGUCUGUACUUGUGUCUGUACUUCUGUCUGUACUUCUGUCUGAACUUGUGUCUGUACUUGUGUCUGUACUUCUGUCUGAACUUGUGUCUGUCCUUCAUAAAGCGUCUGUGUCGUUUCAGGAGAGGGACAUGUUGCUGAGAUACAGACGACAGGAUUCAGUGAGGAGGAGACGAACGAUCAGAGCGUGUCGAGUGAGAGAAACACGAGAAGAUCGAGAGUUAACAACCACAACACAACAGUUUACUGACACACAACCUGUGUGUGUCUGUCUGUGUAUGUCUGUGUCUGUGUGUGUCUGUGUGUGUGUCUGUUCAGGUGAUUGAGACCUUCUAUGGUUACGAUGAAGAGGUCGACUCUGAUGGAUCAUCUCUGUCCUUUCACACCGACAGAACUCCAGAUACUGAACCAGAGGAGGUACACACACACACACACACACACACACACACACACACACACACACACACACACACACACACACACACACACACACACACACACACAGACACACACACACACACAGACACACACACACAGACACACACACACACACAGAGACACACACACACAGACACACACACACACACACACACACACACACACACACACACACACACACACACACACACACAGACACACACACACUUGUUCUUGAUGUUAAUUCCAGGAUCUGCAGUUAGAGCUUCCGGGCCCUGACUGGUGUGUAUCUUUGUGUGUGUGUUUAUGUGUGUGUGCGUGUGUGUGUGUGCGUUUGUGUGUGUGUGCGUUUGUGUGUGUAUUUUAGGUGGGGGUCCAUGAGGAGGCGGAGAUUCGUUACCGACAGCUGACUCAGGAGUAUCAGGCGCUGCAGCGAGCGUACGCCCUGCUGACGGAGACCAGCGGAGGAAACUACGACCCAGAGAAGGAGAUCAGGGUGAGUCUGAGCGAGGCAGCGGGUCGACGGUUCUACUCUGAGAACAGGAGCAGCGGGUCGACGGUUCUACUCUGACAACAGGAGCAGCGGGUCGACGGUUCUACUCUGAGAACAGGAGCAGCGGGUCGACGGUUCUGUUGACGGUUCUGUUGUUUUCUGUGUUUCAGACCCGAGAGCAGCUGCUGAGUGAACUGAGUCGAUAUGAGAGCAGAGUGACUGACCUGGAGUCAGCUCUGAAACAACAAGGACUGGUAAUACACACACAGACACACACACAGACACACACAUUCACACACAGACAGACACACACACACAGACAGACACACACACACAGACAGACAGACACACACAGACACACACACACACACACACACACAGAGACACACACACAUUCACAUAGAGACACACACACACAGACACACACAGACAUUCACACACAGACACACACACACACAGACACACACACACAGACACACACACACACAGACACACACACACAGAGACACACAGAGACACACAGACACACACAGACACACACACAGACACACACACACAGAGACACACAGACACACACACAGACACACACACAGACAUACACAGACACACACACAGACACACACACACACACAGACACACAGACAGACAGACACAGACACACACACACAGACACACACACAGACACACACAGACAGACACACAGACACACACACACAGACAUACACACACACACAGACACACACACAGACACACACAGACAGACACACAGACACACACACACAGACACACACACAGACACACACAGACACACACAGACAGACACAAACACACAUUCACACACACAGACACACACACACACACAGAGACACACACAUGUUGGUGUUUUGCAUUAAUAAACUUUUUUACGAUCAAAUCGUCGUUUCCUGAAAAAUCGUUUUUUUACCAUCAGUGACGUUUUUGUUCAUCGACACUUUCUAAAGUUUCAGGACUGAGACUCAGUGACUCCAAGGUCUCCUCUCACCUGUCUCCUCUCACCUGUCCUCUCUCACCUGUCUCCUCUCUCACCUGUCCUCUCUCACCUGUCCUCUCUCACCUGUCUCCUCUCUCACCUGUCUCCUCUCUCACCUGUCCUCUCUCACCUGUCCUCUCUCACCUGUCUCCUCUCUCACCUGUCUCCUCUCACCUGUCCUCUGUCACCUUUCUCCUCUCACCUGUCCUCUCACACCUGUCUCCUCUCUCACCUGUCCUCUCUCACCUGUCCUCUCUCACCUGUCUCCUCUCACCUGUCUCCUCUCUCACCCGUCUCCUCUCUCACCUGUCCUCUGUCACCUGUCUCCUCUCACCUGUCUCCUCUCUCACCUGUCCUCUUUCACCUGUCCUCUCUCACCUGUCUCCUCUCUCACCUGUCCUCUCUCACCUGUCCUCUCUCACCUGUCUCCUCUCUCACCUGUCUCCUCUCACCUGUCCUCUCUCACCUGUCUCCUCUCACCUGUCCUCUCACACCUGUCUCCUCUCUCACCUGUCUCCUCUCACCUGUCUCCUCUCUCACCUGUCCUCUCUCACCUGUCCUCUCUCACCUGUCUCCUCUCUCACCUGUCCUCUCUCACCUGUCUCCUCUCACCUGUCCUCUCUCACCUGUCUCCUCUCUCACCUGUCCUCUCUCACCUGUCUCCUCUCACCUGUCCUCUCUCACCUGUCUUCUCUCACCUGUCUCCUCUCACCUGUCUCCUCUCACCUGUCUCCUCUCUCACCUGUCCUCUCUCACCUGUCUCCUCUCUCACCUGUGUCCUCUCUCACCUGUCCUCUCUCACCUGUCUCCUCUCACCUGUCUCCUCUCUCACCUGUCUCCUCUCUCACCUGUCCUCUCUCACCUGUCCUCUCUCACCUGUCUCCUCUCUCACCUGUCUCCUCUCUCACCUGUCCUCUCUCACCUGUCUUCUCUCACCUGUCUCCUCUCACCUGUCUCCUCUCUCACCUGUCCUCUCUCACCUGUCUCCUCUCUCACCUGUGUCCUCUCUCACCUGUCCUCUCUCACCUGUCCUCUCUCACCUGUCUCCUCUCACCUGUCUCCUCUCUCACCUGUCUCCUCUCACCCGUCUCCUCUCUCACCUGUCUCCUCUCACCUGUCUCCUCUCUCACCUGUCUCCUCUCACCCGUCUCCUCUCUCACCUGUCUCCUCUCACCUGUCUCCUCUCACCUGUCCUCUCUCACCUGUCCUCUCUCACCUGUCUCCUCUCUCACCUGUCUCCUCUCACCUGUCCUCUCUCACCUGUCCUCUCUCACCUGUCUCCUCUCUCACCUGUCUCCUCUCACCUGUCUCCUCUCUCACCUGUCUCCUCUCACCUGUCCUCUCUCACCUGUCUCCUCUCUCACCUGUCUCCUCUCUCACCUGUCUCCUCUCACCUGUCUCCUCUCUCACCUGUCUCCUCUCACCUGUCCUCUCUCACCUGUCCUCUCUCACCUGUCUCCUCUCUCACCUGUCUCCUCUCACCUGUCCUCUCUCACCUGUCUCCUCUCACCUGUCCUCUCUCACCUGUCUCCUCUCUCACCUGUCUCUUCUCUCACCUGUCUCCUCUCACCUGUCAGGACGUGAAGUGGGUCGAGGAGAAGCAGGCGUUGUAUCAGAGAAAUCAAGAGUUGGUGGAGAAGGUAAAGUUGGACUUUCCUGUUUGUGAGUUCUGGAGAAGUCUAUGGAAACCUGACUCAGACUGUGUGUACCUGUGUGUACCUGUGUGUACCUGUGUGUGCCUGUGUGUACCUGUGUGUACCUGUGUGGACCUGUGUGGACCUGUGUGUACCUGUGUGUACCUGUGUGUGCCUGUGUGUGCCUGUGUGUACCUGUGUGUACCUGUGUGGACCUGUGUGUACCUGUGUGUGCCUGUGUGUACCUGUGUGUACCUGUGUGUGCCUGUGUGUACCUGUGUGUACCUGUGUGUACCUGUGUGUGCCUGUGUGUACCUGUGUGUACCUGUGUGUACCUGUGUGUACCUGUGUGUGCCUGUGUGUACCUGUGUGUGCCUGUGUGUACCUGUGUGUACCUGUGUGUACCUGUGUGUACCUGUGCAGGUGCGUCAGAUGGAGGGUGAAGACCUGCGGCUGAGAAACGACAUUCAGGACAUCCGCGAUCAGAACGAGCUGCUGGAGUUUCGGAUUUUAGAGCUGGAGGUAAAAAAACAAACUUUCAAACCGAGAAUCAGACGACAGACAGGUAGACUGACUGUCUCUGUGUUUCCAUGGAAACCACUUCACCUGUUCAGGAGAGGGAACGACGCUCACCCGCCAUCAACUUCAACCAGUACCAUUUCCCAGAAGGCCUCAGUCCUCUGCAGAUCUACUGUGAGGCGGAGGGAGUCACUGUGAGUACGAACACACCUGAGCUGAACACCUGUAAACACACACACCUGUCUGCCUGACUGAUCACAUGACUUCCUGUCUGCCUGACUGAUCACAUGACCUCCUGGCGUCUGUUCCUCAGGAGAUCGUGAUCAGUGAGUUGAUGAAGAAGCUCGACAUUCUGGGAGAUAACGCCGUAAGUGUAUGUUGAAUUUAUUUUGUACAUGUUUGUGUUUCAAUAAAGUUUGAUUUGAACUUCCUGUUACCUGUGAAGACGUUCACCUGAACUCGGUUCAAGUUCUGAUCUAAGACCCGAGCGAAGAGAGACAGGACCCGGACCCCAGAACCAGACGUGUCUGUUUGAUCUAGUUUGAUUCACCGUGACUCUCCGUGUUGUUGACGUGUUUGAGGCGUGUUGUUCAUAUGGCGUUGACGUGUUUGAGGCGUGUUGUUCAUAUGGCGUUGUCAUGGCGUUGUUAUGAUGUCUUGCAGAAUCUGUCCAAUGACGAGCAGGUGGUGGUGAUCCACGCCAGGACUGUGCUCACUCUGGCAGAAAAGGUAACAGACUCACCUGAACACGCCUGAAUGAUCACCUUGGUUACCAUGGAGAUGUGACGCUGGAGGAACCACCUGACCCUGAAAAAAACGCCUUAAAGAUACAAACACAAAAGUCCAAGAACCAAACAGCUCAGAUCAGACGGGCCACGACCCCCAGAUCUUCAGCUAUUAAGGUGUUGAAGUCCACUAGGUGGCGCUCUCCCAGAUCCUCCAAAAUUCAAGUGUUUUAUUGUCAGUUUCUGUAAAAACACACACACACACACACACACACACACACACACACACACACACACACACACACACACACACACACACACAGAUGUUUGUCUCCAGCCGUUCAGGAAAAAACAGAAACAAGAGCCAGAACUAAAGAAAGACUCGUGUUCAGCUGAGAGGAUCUUCUCACGGAGGUCCAGAGGUCCAGAGGUCCAGAGGUCCAGAGGUCCGGAGGUCCAGAGGUCCGGAGGUCCAGAGGUCCAGAGGUCCGGUCCCUCUAAAGGAGUUCUGUAAAGGAUCUCUGUGUGAAUCAGAGUCCAACUCUCUUCCUGCUGGAAACAUUAAACUUCCUGUUUCAUACAGACACUGGUAACCAUCCUCUCCAGGUGUGGCUCCAGAGUGACCCGGGGUCUCCGUACCCGCGGUCCGGUCGCUCCUCUCUGAGUUUUUCAUUUUAAAGGUUUUGAUCUAAUCUUGGUCUGAUGAUCCCUUCAGUCCACCUUAAAGGGAUUAAAUUAAUUUAGGGUCAAACCCACCGUAACCCCGAGUUAGACCCCCCCUCCAGAGAUGAAUGUUGUCGACCGCUUGCUUCUCUAGUUAUACCAACUUUAGUAACGACCACAGGAUAGAAAUACAGAGAGCCACGCCCUCAACCAAAACGCCACUCUAUAGCCACAAAUAAUGCUCAGAACAGCACCUAACUUCAUCAACAGGACAUAUAGGGUCACAGACAUAGUACUAGACACCAAACAUCUUUUUAACUUUGACUCAUUUCUUUAGACAUAAAACACAAACCAGAGACCACAUCUGACCUGGACUGGGCGGUCAGCUGACCUUUGACCUGGCCCAUAAAGAAUGCAGAAAAGCUCUCAUUGGUCAAAACUGAACCUGAGACAUUUUCUGUCCCUUCACCUUCCUGGUUCCUGGAACCUUUUUCUGGACUUAUCUCUUUCUUUCCGGUUCCCUCCCUCUGUCCUUAUGUCCUUCUGCUCUGUCUGUCUGUCUGUCUGUCCCUCUGUCUGUCCGUCUGUCCCUCUGUCUCUCUGUCUGUCCCUCUGUCUGUCUGUCUGUCUGUCUGUCUAUCCCUCUGUCUGUCCCUCUGUCUGUCUGUCCGUCUGUCUCUGUGGACAGUGGUUGGAGUCCAUCGAGGUGACGAAGUCAGCCCUCCAGCAGAAGAUGUUGGACAUUGAAAGUGAGAAGGUAACGUCUAAGUUCUGACUCUGAGUGACGGACGUCUCUGUAGAACUUAGGUUUGAGUUUUAGACUGAGGAAGAGGAUGAUGAAGAUGAUGAUGAUGAUGAUGGUGUUGAUGAUGAUGAAGAUGAGGAUGAUGAUGAGGAUGAUGAUGAGGAUGAUGAUGAUGAUGAUGAGGAUGAUGAUGAUGAUUAUGAUGAAGAUGAGGAUGAUGAUGAGGAUGGUGAUGAUGAAGAUGAGGAUGAUGAUGAUGAUGAAGAUGAUGAUGAAGAUGAGGAUGAUGAUGAUGAUGAGGAUGAUGAUAAAGAUGAGUAUGAUGAUGAUGGUGUUGACGAUGAUGAAGAUGAGGAUGAUGAUGAUGAUGAUGAUGAUGAUGAUGAUGAGGAUGAUGAUGAUGAUGAUGAGGAUGAUGAUGAUGAUUAUGAGGAUGAUGAUGAUGAUGAUGAUGAAGAUGAGGAUGAUGAUGAGGAUGGUGAUGAUGAAGAUGAGGAUGAUGAUGAUGAUGAUGAUGAUGAUGAAGAUGAUGAUGAAGAUGAGGAUGAUGAUGAUGGUGUUGAUGAUGAUGAAGAUGAGGAUGAUGAUGAUGAUGAUGAUGAUGAUGAUGAUGAGGAUGAUGAUGAUGAUGAUGAUGAAGAUGAUGAUGAUGAUGAGGAUGGUGAUGAUGAAGAUGAGGAUGAUGAUGAUGAUGAUGAUGAUGAGGAUGAUGAUAAAGAUGAGGAUGAUGAUGAUGGUGUUGAUGAUGAUGAUGAUGAUGAGGAUGAUGAUGAUGAGGAUGAUGAUGAUGAUGAUGAGGAUGAUGAUGAUGAGGAUGAUGAUGAUGAUGAUGAGGAUGAUGAUGAUGAUGAUGAUGAAGAAGAUGAGGAUGAUGAUGGUGAUGAUGAUGAUGAUGAUGAUGAUGAGAAUGAGACAAAAGUCGUCUGAUAAUUAAAUGUUGUUACAUGAUGAGUUAAUGAUGAUAAUGACUUUAGUAAUGAGGAACUUUAUGGUUUUAGGUGAUAAUUAAAAUAUUGAAAUCUUAAUGUCUAACGUCUAGUAAACACACCUGUUCAUCUCACCUUCUACCAUGACCUCUGACCUUUGUGUUUGACCUUUAGGAUCUCUUCAGUAAACAGAAAGGUUACCUGGACGAGGAACUGGACUACAGGAAGCAGUCCAUGGAUCAGGCUCACAAGGUCAGGAGGGUGGGCGGAGCUUCAAACAUGUGAUAACUGACAUGGAGACAGGUGUGACUGUGGACAGGUGUGGACAGGUGUGACUGUGGACAGGUGUGGACAGGUGUGAAUGUGGACAGGUGUGGACAGGUGUGACUGUGGACAGGUGUGGACAGGUGUGACUGUGGACAGGUGUGGACAGGUGUGAAUGUGGACAGGUGUGACGGUGGACAGGUGUGGACAGGUGUGACUGUGGACAGGUGUGGACAGGUGUGACUGUGGACAGGUGUGGACAGGUGUGAAUGUGGACAGGUGUGACUGUGGACAGGUGUGGACAGGUGUGAAUGUGGACAGGUGUGAAUGUGGACAGGUGUGGACAGGUGUGACUGUGGACAGGUGUGGACAGGUGUGGACAGGUGUGCUGGAGCAGGAACUCUGUCCAGGUAACUGUGUGUUUCUGUUUCAGAGGAUUCUGGAACUGGAGGCCAUGUUGUUUGAAGCUCUGCAGCAGGAGGAGGCGGGGCUAAAGAUGGAGGCGGGGUCUCUGUCUGAAACAUUGACAGACGACCAGAGGGAGGAGCUUAGGAGAGCCAUGGACCAAUGGAAACGCACCGUCAUGUUUGAACUGAGAGAGAGAGACGCCCAGAUCCUGAGAGAGAGGAUGGAGCUGCUGCAACUCACACAACAGGUACACAACUACACAACUACACAACAGCUACACAACAGGUACACAAGUACACAACUACACAACAGCUACACAACAGGUACACAAGUACACAGCAACAGGUACACAACUACACAACAACAGGUACACUUACACAACAACAGGUACACAACUCACACAACAGGUACACAAGUACACAACUACACAACAGCUACACAACAGGUACACAACUACACAACAGGUACACAACAGGUACACAACUACACAACAGGUACACAACAGGUACACAACUACACAACAGGUACACAACAGGUAACAACUACACAACAGGUACACAACUACACAACAGCUACACAACAGGUACACAACUACACAACAGGUACACAACAGGUACACAACUACACAACAGGUACACAACAGGUACACAACUUCACAACUACACAACAGGUACACAACAGGUACACAACUACACAACUACAGGUACACAAGUCCACAACUACACAACAGCUACACAACAGGUACACAACUACACAACUACACAACAACAAGUCCACAACUACACAGCAACAGGUACGCAACUACACAACAACAGGUACACAACUACACAACAGCUACACAACAGGCACACAACUACACAACUACACAACAACAAGUCCACAACUACACAGCAACAAGUCCACAACUACACAGCAACAGGUACACAACUACACAACAACAGAUACACAACUACACAACUACACAGGCACACAACAGGUACACAACUACACAGCAACAGGUCCACAACUACACAGCAACAGGUACACAUCUACACAAAAACAGGUUCAGCUGUUGUAAAACAAACUCUUACCUAAAGAUUCUGAUCUUUUUUAAAACUGUAUGUCUAAUUUAAAUGUGUUUGUGUUUGUGUGUGUGUCUGUGUGUGUGUCUGUGUGUGUGUGUGUGUGUGUGUGUGUGUGUGUUUAUGUUACAGAGGAAUAAAGAUUUGGAGGAGUUUAUUGAAGCACAGAGACGUCAGAUCAAAGAGUUGGAGGAGAAGGUAACAGACACACACUAAAGAUACACACUCAAAUACAAACACACAAACACACAAACACACACACUCAGUACCGGUCUCGUUGACUCUGACCCGUUUCUUCUCCAGUUCCUGUUCCUCUUCUUGUUCUUCUCGUUGGCGUUCAUCCUCUGGUCCUAAAGGAGAGUCCAGGAUCCAGGUAAACCAGACCACAGACCAUAGACCACAGACUGUAGACCUCAGACUGUAGACCAUAGGUAGACCUCAGACUGUAGACCACAGACUGUAGACCUCAGACUGUAGACCAUAGGUAGACCUCAGACUGUAGACCACAGACUGUAGACCUCAGACUGUAGACCUCAGACUGUAGACCAUAGGUGGACCUCAGACUGUAGACCUCAGACUGUAGACCACAGACUGUAGACCUCAGACCGUAGACCACAGACUGUAGACCACAGACUGUAGACCUCAGACUGUAGACCUCAGACUGUAGACCAUAGGUAGACCUCAGACUGUAGACCUCAGACUGUAGACCAUAGGUAGACCUCGGACUGUAGACCUCAGACUGUAGACCACAGACUGUAGACCUCAGACUGUAGACCUCAGGUGGACCUCAGACUGUAGACCUCAGACUGUAGGCCUCAGGUGGACCUCAGACAUUAGACCACAGACUGUAGACCACAGACUGCAGACCUCAGACUGUAGACCUCAGACUGUAGACCAUAGGUAGACCUCAGACUGUAGACCUCAGACUGUAGACCUCAGACUGUAGACCUCAGGUAGAACUCAGACUGCUGACCUCAGGUGGACCUCAGACUGUAGACCACAGACUGUAGACCUCAGGUGGACCUCAGACUGUAGACCACAGACUGUAGACCACAGGCUGCAGACCUCAGACUGUAGACCUCAGACUGUAGACCAUAGGUAGACCUCAGACUGUAGACCUCAGACUGUAGACCACAGACUGUAGACCUCAGACUGUAGACCACAGACUGUAGACCUCAGACUGUAGACCACAGACUGUAGACCUCAGGUAGACCUCAGACUGUAGACCACAGACUGUAGACCUCAGACUGUAGACCACAGACUGUAGACCUCAGACAGUAGACCUCAGACUGUAGACCUUAGGUGGACCUCAGACUGUAGACCACAGACUGUAGACCUCAGACAGUAGACCACAGACUAUAGACCUCAGGUAGACCUCAGACUGUAGACCACAGACUGUAGACCUCAGACUGUAGACCUCAGUGUUUGAUUGACAGGUGUCUCACGUUUGUGUUUCAGGGUCUGCAGGUCUCCAGAGUCCAGCACCUGAGGGACUCAUGGGCUCAGCUAAGUCCAGAUCAGUCCAAAGGACCACCUGGAGGGUUUAUGAACCGGGUCAUACUGACCAACGCUGGCCCCGCCCACUGACGAGCCCAUUGACUUCUUUUGACCAAUCAGAACGGAGUCUGGCUGUAAGCUGACUCUGGAACUGUCAGUUACCUAAAGAGUUCAGAAGCAGAUCCUGGUCCUGACCGGGCGCCAAUGAGCCGCCGUUAGCUCCGCCUUCUCCUGACAUGUAGCCAAAAUCCACGGCAUGGCGUCCGGGACUGAAUGGUGCUGAAUUCAAAUGGCGUUAGCUAAGCUAGCUGACGCUAAAUCAGAGCUAGCUAAGGUCGGUUAGCUUCGCUGUUGACGUAGUUUUUCUGGAUCAGUGGGACCAACAACGCAGAACCUGCUGGGACAGGAUCGGGUUCAGGAUCGGGUUCAGGAUCGGGUUCAGGAUCGGGUUCAGGAUCGGGUUCAGUGUGGCAUUCUGGUCUGCACUGAAGUAAACUUUGAUCUGAUUGAACGCUGUACCUGCUGACUGCAGAGAGCCAAUCAGCCGCACUCAUGGACCUGAGGGACGCUUCAAAGAACCUGAGUCGACCCGGGACCAAAACCACCGUGGACAGACCACUUCAACGGGGUCUGAGGGCAGUCAGAGACAAAAACCACAGAAGAAGAAAAACAUCAGAGGAAGAAAACGAAGGAAGAGUUUGACAGACAUCUGAGAGUCUUAGACCUGGAUCAGUUUAGACCUGGUUUAGUCUGAUCUGGGUCAUGAUGAGGACAGGCGGGUUCAGAGGGUCCCUCUAAAGAGACUAAAUAUUUAUUAAAUUCUAUUAUUAUGAUGAAAAUUAUUAUUAUUAUUAUAUUAUAAAGAGUUUGAGUGUUUUUUCAGGUAAAUCGAGUAAAAUGGAGACAAAGUUUUUUUUUCCCGUCAAACUGAAGACGGUCGAAAAUCAAAAAUCUGAAAUUUUAUUAUUGAGAAAAUAUUUUUAUAUCUGCUGUGAGCCGAAAAACGUCUGCAGAGAUCGGAAACUUUAACGUGAAAAAACAGAUUAAACUGGAGAAAAAGAAACAGAGACUGUCUGUGUUUCUGUCUGUGUUUCUGUCUGUGUGUGUGUCUGUGUGCGUCUGUGUGUGUGUCUGUGUGUGUCUGUGUGUAUGUCUGUGUGCGUGUCUGUGUGUGUCUGUGUGUGUGUCUGUGUGUGUCUGUGUGUGUGUCUGUGUAUGUCUGUGUGCGUGUCUGUGUGUGUCUGUGUGUGUGUCUGUGUGUGUCUGUGUGUAUGUCUGUGUGCGUGUCUGUGUGUGUCUGUGUGUAUGUCUGUGUGCGUGUCUGUGUGUGUGUCUGUGUUCGUCUGUGUGUGUGUGUGUGUGUGUGUGUGUGUGUGUCUGUGUGUGUGUGUCUGUGUGUGUCUGUGUGUGUGUCUGUGUGUGU